UUCCGUCUAGCGGUUACAACAAGCAGAAAUCGUCCCUGAAAGUAAGAAAACAAGAACAGACUUCCUUCUCCGUGUUACCAACAGCAGGACUGAAUGGUGCAGUGAGCAUGGAGGCCACCAGGAGACGUCCCCAGCACAGUUCCAGUGGGAAAGCAUCUGAACUGGGAGAGCAGUCGGCGCAGUGGGGGAGAGCAUGGGAGGUGGACUGGUUUUCCCUCAUCGGGGUAAUUGGCCUCCUUUGCUUUGCCCCCUUUAUUGUCUUCUACUUUGUGAUGGCCUGCGACCAGUACGAGUGCUCCAUCAGCCAACCUCUAUACGAUCUGUGCAGAGGAGAGACAACAUUACUCUCUAUCUGGGCCAGGGCCCCCUCCUUCACAUGGACAGCAGCUAAGAUAUAUGCUGUUUGGGUCAGCUUCCAGGUGUUUCUCUAUAUGUGCAUUCCUGAUGUUACCCACAAGUUUAUUCCUGGCUAUGUUGGUGGAGUGCAGGACGGAGCACGAACCCCAGCUGGUCUUAUUAACAAGUAUGAGAUCAAUGGGCUGCAGUGUUGGCUGAUCACUCAUGCUCUGUGGUUUGCCAAUGCACAAUAUUUCCACUGGUUUUCUCCCACCAUCAUAUUCGAUAACUGGAUCCCCCUGAUGUGGUGCACCAAUAUACUUGGCUAUGCUGUGUCCACCUUUGCUUUCAUGAAGGCCUACCUCUUCCCAACCAACUCUGAAGACUGCAAGUUCACAGGAAACAUCUUCUAUAACUACAUGAUGGGCAUCGAGUUCAACCCGCGCAUCGGCAGCUGGUUUGACUUUAAGCUCUUCUUCAACGGCAGACCGGGCAUCGUCGCCUGGACUCUGAUCAAUCUGUCCUACAUGGCCAAGCAGCAAGAACUGUACGGCCACGUCACCAACUCCAUGAUUCUGGUUAACGUUCUGCAGGGUAUUUAUGUGCUGGAUUUCUUCUGGAAUGAAGCCUGGUACCUGAAAACCAUUGAUAUCUGUCAUGACCACUUUGGAUGGUAUCUUGGCUGGGGGGACUGUGUCUGGCUGCCUUACCUUUACACGCUGCAGGGCCUCUACCUGGUUUACCACCCUGUCCAGCUGUCCGACACCCACGCCCUAGCUGUCCUGUUGCUAGGCCUCGUUGGAUAUUACAUCUUCCGCUCCACCAACCACCAGAAGGAUCUGUUCCGCCGCACAGAGGGCUCCUGCUCCAUCUGGGGUCGAAAGCCAAGCUACAUCGAGUGCUCGUACCGCUCUGCUGACGGCGGCGUGCACCGCAGCAAGCUCCUGACCUCCGGUUUCUGGGGAGUGGCUCGCCACUUCAACUACACCGGUGACCUCAUGGGCUCUUUAGCCUACUGUGCUGCCUGCGGAUUUGGCCACAUACUUCCAUACUUUUACAUAGUUUACAUGACCAUCCUGCUGGUCCACCGCUGCGUACGUGAUGAACACCGCUGCAGCAGCAAAUACGGAAAAGACUGGAAGCGUUACACUGAUGCAGUGCCUUACCGGCUGGUUCCUGUAGUGUUUUAGAGAGAGAAGAGGAAGGAGUAAAGUGAGAGGGAGAAGGACAGUGAGCAAAGUAAAGCUUUCUUUUUUUAAUUAUAAAAUGAACUGGUUAGCAAGAAAACAUGAGGUUUAUAAAUAUUGAAGACACACCCCACUGAACAUUAUACACUUCAUAUUAUACUCUGUAUUUUUAGUAUUGCUGUGUGAGGGCAUGCACAGUAAGUUUACAGCUAUAAUUCUUAAUGCAAUGACAAAUCCUGUAGUUAAGUUAAAACUGCACAGCCUUGUGUAGUAUGUUUGGCAUUAAGAACACAACUUAAACCAAUUCUAGCCAAAAGGAGGAACAUUUUUUUUUACCUCUGCAGCACAUUUAAUGUCUGUUUUUUUUUCUUCUUUUCAAAUAUUUAUCCUCCGACCCAUGUUCUGUACACCUGUUUGUUUCAAAUCCCCAACAUCACUUCUCUAAUGCAGUGAACAUAACUAGGAGGGUUUUUCUUCUUCCAGUUUAACAUCAUGAAGUGGUGAGCAUGUAGCGGUGCAUAGGCUACUGCAUUUUUAUGAAGACAGGACAACUUUAGCUCUUUUCUAACUGCAUCGAAGACAGCUA